AUGUGGCUGAAGGUCUACGUGGUCUCGGUGGUCCUGGUGGUCUCCAGCUGUCCCUCGGUGUCGGUCUUCCUGGAUCCGGACCGGGCUCAUGGCGUGCUGGUCCGGACCCGCAGGUUUAACUCGGGCUGGCUGGAGGAGCUCCAGAUGGGGGACUUGAAGAGGGAGUGUCUGGAGGAGCGGUGUUCAUACGAGGAGGCCCGGGAGGUCUUUGAGCACGACGAGACCACGAACGAGUUCUGGACCACGUACAACGUCCCCAACAGGUGUGAGUCCAGUCCAUGUCUGAACGGUGGGACCUGCUCCCCUCAGGGUUCGUCCUACGCCUGCUUCUGUCCCCUCGAGUUCAGCGGACUGCACUGUGAGCUGGACCACCUGAAGUCCUUGAGCAGCUGCCUGCUGGAGAACGGAGGCUGUGACCACUUCUGUGACGAAGACCCGGGGGGACAGAGACUCAACUGCUCGUGUGCAGACGGAUACUUCCUGGAUGUGGAUGAGCGGAGCUGCGUGGCGAAAGAGUCCAUAGCGUGUGGCAUGGUCCCCGUCCUGCAGGGGGACAGCAGAGCAGACCAGCAGGACUCCCGUGGGCGGAUCGUGGGCGGAUCCGAGUGCCCCAAAGGAGAAUGUCCCUGGCAGGUUCUGCUGGUCUACAAAGGGAAAGGUUUCUGUGGAGGGGUGAUCUUUAGACCCAUGUGGAUCCUCACGGCCUCUCACUGCCUGGAGGACACGGACCUUCAGUUCCUGCAGGUGGUCGCAGGUGAACACAACACGGCCGUGGAUGAGGGUACGGAGCAGACGGUCCAGGUCUCUGAGAUGAUCCUGCACGAGGACUACGUGAAGCUCAACGCCGACAGCGACAUCGCCCUCCUCCGCCUGGCGUCCCCGAUCGUCUACACCACGUACGCAGUCCCGGUCUGCAUGCCGACCCGGUCUCUGGCCGAGCGCGAGCUGUGGGCGGUCCGCCUGCACACGGUGAGCGGCUGGGGACGCAGGGACGAGAACGGACCCACCUCCACCCACCUGAGGCGUCUGAGGGUCCCGAGGAUCCGGACCCAGCAGUGCGUGGAGGAGAGCGGCGUGGUCCUCACCGAGAACAUGUUCUGUGCCGGGUACAUCGAAGGCCGGCAGGACUCCUGCAAGGGGGACAGCGGCGGACCGCUGGUCACCAAGUACAGGAAGACGGUCUUCCUGCUGGGCAUCGUGAGCUGGGGGAAGGGCUGCGCUAGACCUGGGAACUACGGGAUCUACACCCGGGUCUCCAACUACCUGGACUGGAUCCACAACCGGACCGCUACACCUGGUCUGAGGACCGACGGCAACGAGGGAUCGAUACACAACAUGACCACCUGA